CACACACACACACACACACACAAUGGGAGGGAUACAGGAGAUAGGUAGAGCUAAAGCGGCAGACAGACAGAUGUGUGAUGCUCAGACUGAGGCCGUUCCUUUCCGCCCGAACCAAGGUAAACUUUUACCCACCCUCGUUUUCUUCUGCUCGCGGUCGCGUGGAGCCAUCGUAGAUGCCAACUCGCUGCGUGAACACCUGAUUCCCCAGAAGCGGUGCCGCAGAAAUUGAGGCUCAAGUGCCAACAGAUCCUGUUGAAUUGAGACAACACGUCGACAUGCACGCAGCCGGAAAAAGUGCCCUCCUCAGAGUGCGUCAGAGCACGGAUGCAUAUGCUGGAUGUGGAUAUGGUCGCCCGUUGGAGACGGAGACGGAUUUGUGAUUAUCACGCCUCACAAUCAAGACGAAGGUUUGAGCGCAGAAGAAAAUCUGUAUCCUCGCCUCCUCAUCAUCUUCCAACAAAUGUGUUUUUAGGAGGGCUGAGGCUCUUUUGGCCCUUUACGGAUCUUCUGAGAGGAAAAGUCAUUCGGAUUCAUCGGAGUUCCAGAAUAAAGCGGAGAUCCAUCCAAAUGAAACACAAAUAUAGAUCUCACCUCAUAAAAUGGCAACCACGGGUGACCACGGAGGAUUAAAGGACGCGUUUGAGCGCAAACCCUCGGUCGUGGGGGAAUGAGCCACCUGAUGGGCACCAGAGAAACGGAGGAGAGACUGUUUUGGUGUCGCUUGUUGACUCGGUGAUUUAUGAACACAUAAAGCGGCGCUGCAAGUUUGACAGAGCGUCUGCGUAACAGGCUAUGCCACUGGCCCUUGGAUUUGUAUUAUCCUUAUGUUUAUAUUUUGCUUCUAAUGAUGUCAUAAAAUCUUGGGUGCUCGAGCCACGACCAUUAUCUUCUAUCAUGUAAGAAGCUACCCAAUAUGGACCUUUCUGAGGAGUGUUUGUUGUUCUCACUUUCUCUUAUUCCCGGGAACGGUUGAUGCCUCGUGCCCUCGCGUCUCUGCGCGCGCCGAACUGCAACUUUUCUCCCCUGCUCUGCAUCCACACCUUGUCGUGGCGCUUACUGCGCCGCUGAUCGACUGAAAAUGGAAUUUGCGAUGGUGGGUGCGGACGGAGGGUGCAACAGUCACCUGCCUUACGGAUAUGCCCAAGCUCGCGCACGGGAAAGGGAGCGCGAGAGGGAGCGCCAGGCUGCCCAGUCGCGAGCGGCGGCUGCAGCGGCCGCGGCCGAAGGAUGCUCUGGUGCGGAGGGAGGAGGAGGAGGAGGUGGUGGAGGCGGUGGUGUAGGGGGGUCCACCUCCACCGCCUCCUCGAGCGCUCAUCUCCUUAACAACCGCCAGCAUCAGUCUCGCGCCGCCUCCUCCUCCGCGAACAUCAGCAGCAGCGCCGCCUCGCGCCCCUCCUCCUCCUCCUCCUCCCAGCAUCAGCAGGAACCCGAGCAGCAGCACAGAGUUCUCAGAGAGCGGAAAAAGCAGCGCGGCGUCGGACGGUGGAGGCGCAACCGGAGCACUCUCGGCGGGGACCUGCGCCACUCGGAGCUGGCGCUGCUCGGAUCCGAGGAGGACAUCAUGAUAGAGGAGGAGGAGGAGGAGGAGGAGGCCGAGGGAGCGGAGGAAGAGGAGGAGGAAGAAGGGGAGGCGGCAGAGGGGGUUCGAGGCAGCAAAAGGUCGAGUUUUCUGUGCAACAUGGAUGAUGAGGAGACGGUGUCGAUCACCGACCGGCGCCCUCAGUCCGGCUAUGAGAACGUUUACAGCGAGUGCGGCUGCUGCGAGCGGGUGGUCAUCAACGUGUCGGGGCUGAAGUUUGAAACUCAGCUCAAGACUCUCACUCAGUUCCCAGACACCUUGCUGGGAGACCCCGACAAGCGCAUCAGGUACUUCGACCCGCUGAGGAACGAAUACUUCUUCGAUCGAAACCGGCCGAGCUUCGAUGCCAUCCUGUACUACUACCAGUCAGGGGGGCGCUUAAAAAGACCCGUGAACGUGCCGUUUGACAUCUUCUCAGAGGAGGUGAAGUUUUACGAACUCGGCGAGGAGGCGAUCCUCAAGUUUCGGGAAGAUGAGGGUUUUGUGAAAGAGGAGGAAAAGCCUCUGCCGGAGGACGAGUUCAAGCGCCAGAUCUGGCUGCUGUUCGAGUAUCCGGAGAGCUCGAGUCCUGCCCGGGGCAUCGCGGUGGUGUCCGUCCUGGUCAUCGUCAUCUCUAUUGUCAUUUUCUGCCUGGAGACGCUGCCAGAGUUCAGGGAUGAAAAAGAGUACCUGCAGCCACGACACAACUCUUCUCAGCCGGACCACGGCUUCACACCCUUCAACGACCCGUUCUUCAUCGUGGAGACGGUCUGCAUCAUCUGGUUCUCCUUUGAGAUUAUAGUGCGCUUCUUUGCAAGUCCGAGCAAAACAGCUUUCUUUAAAAACAUUAUGAACACGAUAGACAUUGUAUCCAUUUUGCCUUACUUCAUAACUCUUGGCACGGAUCUGGCGCAGCACCAGGGCAACGGGCAGCACACCAUGAGCUUCGCCAUCCUGAGAAUAAUCCGCCUGGUUCGGGUGUUCCGCAUCUUCAAGCUGUCCAGACACUCCAAGGGGCUGCAGAUCCUGGGUCACACGCUGCGCGCCAGCAUGAGGGAGCUGGCUCUGCUCAUCUUCUUCCUGGUCAUCGGCGUAAUCCUGUUCUCCAGCGCGGUGUACUUCGCUGAGGCGGACGAACCCACCUCUCAGUUCACGAGCAUCCCCGACGCGUUCUGGUGGGCCGUGGUUACCAUGACGACGGUUGGCUACGGUGACAUGAAGCCCAUCACUGUUGGUGGGAAGAUAGUUGGUUCGCUGUGCGCGAUCGCGGGCGUGUUAACCAUCGCGCUGCCGGUGCCUGUCAUAGUGUCCAAUUUUAACUACUUUUACCACCGAGAGACGGAUAACGACGACCAGCCGCCCGCCGUGGUGGAGAGCAUGCCCCCGGGAUGCCCUUAUUUCCCUGACUUUCUAAGAAAAUUCAAAGGUUCACCCUCUGGCUCAUCGCUGGGUGACAAAGCGGAGUACAUGGAGAUGGAGGAAGGGGUGACGGAGUCGCUGUGCGGGCUGGACAAGAGCCCCAGUAAAGGAAACGGCACAGACAUAAGCAGGAAAAACAGUACUAACUCUAAAUCCAUUCAGACUGACGUGUGAUUACAGUAGUUUAUUAUUAUUAGUGGUAUUGUUUUGUUUUCCAAAGAAGAAAAGCAUCUUGUAGAGACACUUUCUGCUCAACAGCAGCGGAAUCCCCUCCCCAACCCUCCCCAAACACAGGCUUUACGCACGCGUCAGAGUGCACACAGACACACACAGAUUUACGCACACACAUACACUCACACAUAAACACGAAACUAAUUGGCAAGCUCAAAAGUUUUCUCUUGACACAAUCAUAAUCUAUAAUUUAUCUAAUUUAUUGGUAAAUAUAUUAAUUUAUUCUGUGCGGGCUUCCAAAUCUGACAGAUCUAAAUUAGAAACAGGCUAUGCAUUCGCACUUUAUGAGUUUCAUCUGUCACACCAGAGGGUUAGGGACGAUCUUUUUGCUGUUAUGCAAUACAGUUUAAAACAUGUUUGCACUAAUGUAGAAUUUGCGCUGGGUUUGGCAGAUUUCUAUGUAGAGACAGAAACUGUAGGCCAUGCAGGCAACACGGUAGGCACCUUCUGCUCAGCUGGAACACGAAUGAGGAUUUUAACACUCAAUUGGAUUCUGACAUAAACCAAAACAGCACUUAAAAAUGAUAUGUAUAUAUAUAUAUAUAUAUAU